AUCCUCUUGGGGGUCCACUGUGGGCGCGCAGGUGUAUAAAAGAGACAUCAACAACAGACCGGUGAAAGGACGACAGCAAACCAGCAAGCAAACCAAGGAUUUUCUUUAUUUCACAUGUGUAAAAUGAUGUCACAGCGAAGCGGACCCCAGCUUCUUCUCCUUUUGGCUCUCUUCAGCGUCUUCUACUCCAGGACUGUCAGUCUGCCCUACGCAUCCAUGAGACCGACGAGACACGCAGACGGUCUUUUCACCAGCGGCUACAGCAAACUUCUGGGCCAGCUUUCAGCCAGGAGAUACCUGGAGUCACUCAUUGGGAAGCGAGUCAGCGACGAGCUGAUGGACGAGCCGGUCAAGCGCCACUCGGACGCCAUCUUCACAGACAACUACAGUCGCUUUCGCAAACAGAUGGCCGUCAAGAAGUACCUCAACUCGGUUUUAACGGGGAAGCGGAGUCUAGAAAACGCCGUCCCCGAUGACCAGGACGAAUCGCGGGACAACCCCGGCGCCUUCCAGGACAGCUACGACGACGACGUCGACGUCAACCACCUGCUAAACAACUUCCAGCUGCCACUUUGAGGAGAAGUCCUAACGUCCGGAGUCAUCGUGGUGAAAGUAUCCGAUUCCAGUAUUUACCCAAAGAUCCGACGAACAUAACCAUUUGAUUUACAACAAUUUGAUAGCUAUUAGAUCACCAUUUCAUUCGAUCCAUCAGCCGCAAAUGAAUAUAAAAAUGUAAAUCGUUUGUGCUGUUAUCGUUUUUUUUUUACAAUUCUCUUAUAGGUCAGUCAGAGGUCAACCAUUUUGAUCCAAACCAGCUAAAAAUGGUUUCCAUUGUUUGUGUUAUGUUUGUGCUGUAAAAUUUUUGUUUGUGCUGCUACGGUCUUAGAGUUAUUGAAGGUAGCUUUGCAUGUCAUGCUAUAUACAGCAUGUAGAUUUUUUUCAAUUACCAGCGUUUUGACCCAAAAACCCUGUUCGAACACCAAAACAACAGGAAUUCUCUUGCGACGCUGGCUUUUUCGUUUGACAUCCCCCAAAAUGACUGUUCACCCAAAAAAGUGUUUAUCUUUUUUUUUUUAAGUAAAAUUUCAAAACGCUCAGGGGCACAAAAGUUGGAUACAGUUUUGGCUAAAAACCUGCCAAAAACAUACCAAUUCAUUUCUAAUGGGCAAAAUUUCCCAUUGAUUUCCAAUGGCCCUAUUCACCAGCCAUUCAUUUUAAUAGCACAAAAAAUGUCCAUUCGCACCUGUUGAUUUCCAGCCAAAGUGACUCAUUAUUGACACGCCCCCAAAUCAACAGGAAGUGACCCAGAAUGAACAGGAAGAGACCCUGGAAUGCCUUAAAAUCCACAGGAAGUGACCCUGAAAAUCCUCAAAAUCUGCAGGAAGCGAACCCUAAAUCAAAUGGUAGUAGCCCAAUCUGAACAGGAAGUGAACCCAAAAUGCCCCCAAGUCAACAGGAAGUGACCUGAAAUCAACAGGAAGGGAUUAAAAAAUGACCCCAAAUCAAUUGCGCUUCCAUCUCGCCGUAGUUGGGGGUUGUGCGACAUCAUCACUACAAAUUAAAAGUAGAAUAUCAACAAAAGUGUUGCAGCACAAACAGACUGACGCAAUUUUUUGCCAGUUUAGAUUGAAAUAGAGGGCUGAUUGACCUAUAAAAGAAUUGUAAACAUCUCAAAAACGAUAGCAGCACAAACAAAAAUUUUGACAGGGCGAACAUUUGACAUAAUCUUUUCAAAUUUCUCAAAUUUCCGCAUAAAAUCACCAUCAAAUGUAAUCUUUGUCAAAAUCACACAGAUGAAAAAAACUGUCUGCUUCAACUAAAACCACCCAAACAUUUAUAGGUUUUCAUAUUUUAAUGAGGAUAGUAUACAAAUAAUGACAGAAGGGGGGAAAAUAAGUAAGUGAACCAUCACAUUUAAUAUUUUGUGGCAGCAAUAACUUCAACCAGACGCUUCCCAUAGCUGCAGAUCAGUCUGGCACAUCAAUCAGGACUCAUCUUGGCCCAUUCUUCUCUCCAAAACUGCUAUAGUUCAGUCAGAUUCCUAGGAUGUCUGGCAUGAAUCGCUGUCUUUAUGUCAUGUCACAGUAUCUCAAUGGGGUUCAAGUCUGGACUUUGACUUGGCCACUCCAGAACGUGCUUUUUGUUCUUCUGAAGUUGAUUUACUUCUGUGUUUUGGAUCAUUGUCUUGUUGCUGCAUCCAUCCUCUUUUUAGCUUCAACUGUCUGACGGACAGCCACAGGUUUUCCUGCAAAACUUUUGAAUUCAUUCUUCUAUUAAUGAUUGCAAGUUGUCCAGGCCCUGAGGUAGCAAAACAGCCCCAAAUCAUGAUGCUCCCUCCACCAUGCUUCACGAAGGUGGGGAUGAGAUGUUGAUGUUGGUGAGCUGUUCCAUUUUUCCUCCAACACCAAGUUGUGUGUUACUCCCAAACAAUUCAGCUUUGGUUUUAUCAGUCCACAAAAUAUUUUGCCAAAACAUCCGUGGAGUGUCCAAGUGCCUUUUUGCCAAAAUUAAACGAGUAACAAUGUUUUUUUUAAGAACAGUAGUGGCUUCCUCCAUGGAGUCCUCCUAUGAACGCCAUUCUUGGCCAUAGUUUUACAUAUAGUUGAGAAAUUGGACUGUGCCAGUGAUUUCUGUAUGUCUUUAGCAGACACUCUAAGGUUCUUUUUGUACCUCUCUGAGUACUCUGCGCUGAACUAUCGUUGGGAGAUAAGCAACAGUGUCAAACUCUCUCCAUUUGUAGACAACCACUCUGACUGUCGAUUGAUGAACAUCCAGACUUUUAGAGAUGGUUUUGGAUCCUUUCCCAGCUUUACACAAAUCAACCAUCAAUCAAUCAGGUUUUCAGACAACUAUUUUGACCCCCUAGCCAUGAUGCACAUCAGACAAUGCUUCUCAUCAAGACAAUUCUUACCGGGUGUGUGUUUUAUAGUGGGCAGGGCAGCUUUAAACCACGCAUCGAUUGGGCACACACACACACCUGACUUCAAUUGUAGACUGUUUUUUCAUCUGUGUGAUUUUGACAAAGAUCAGAUCACAUUUGAAGGUGACUUUAUGCAGAAAUGUGAGAAAUUCCAAAAGGUUCAGAUACUUUUUCAUACCACUGUAAAUUUUGCGGCCAACUUCACUUUGGGUUUAAAGAUUCAAACCGACUUACUCUCAUACACUUUUUACGCACUUUUCAAGACGAAUGUGGCAUUCACCAAUGCAUGUUUUUGGUCCAAUAUCAGACUGACUAACGGACUGAAGCAAAGUGUACCCCCCCACCCCCACACACACACACACUCAUUCUGAAAUGCAUAUUAUCACUUUCUACAACUGUACUUGUCUUUUAGAGUCCUAACUGUGCAUGGAGAUGCCUUUAGCGCAUUAUAGUGACCAAGAUGUACUCGGGUAUGGAUGUACCGUACAUACUGUAUUUGCAUCAAGCACCAAAUAAAAGAUGACCCAUUUAUU